UGUUUUGUUUUUUAAUUUUAGGUGCGCAGAGGUUCAUAAUGUCAAUAGUCCACUCAUCCAUCCAUGCCAAAUGGGUCGUGGGGAAGGUGAUUGGUACAGCGAUGGUAAAAACUGCUAAAGUAAGAGCAACCAGACUUGUUUUGGAUCCGUACUUACUAAAGUACUUUAAUAAGCGGAAAACCUACUUUGCCCAUGAUGCCCUCCAGCAGUGCAGCGUCGGGGACAUCGUGCUCCUCAAAGCCUUGCCCGUCCCACGAACAAAGCAUGUGAAACAUGAACUGGCUGAGAUCAUCUUCAAAGUUGGCCGAGUUAUCGACCCAAUCACAGGAAAGGCCUGUGCAGGAACAGCCUACCUAGAGAGUCCACUCAGUUCAGAAACCACUCACCUAAGCAAAACCCUGGAAGGCCUCAAGGUCUCAACCUAGGGAAGAAGGAGCCAAAGGGAUUUCUGUCUAUAUGUUUGUCCUGUGCCUUUCAUUACUAACUGUCCAGUUUCUCUUAUGAUAUUAAAAGUAGUAAAUGAAACACA